AUGGCACAUCUUUGGGCCCCUGCUCCCGAGCCCGCCACUGAGCUAGGGCGUUACCGCAUUCUCUCCUCCAAUGCUGGGAUUCGUGUCUCUCCGCUUCAGCUUGGAGGCAUGUCUAUUGGCAAUGCGUGGGCAGACUCUAUGGGCUCUAUGAGUAAGGAAGAAUCGUUCAAACUUCUCGAUGCCUUCUACGAAGCCGGCGGAAACUUCAUUGAUACGGCAAAUAACUACCAAGAUGAACAAUCGGAGACCUGGAUCGGGGAAUGGAUGGCCGAGCGUAAGAACCGCGAUCAGCUGGUAAUUGCCACCAAGUUUACUACCGACUUUCGGUCAUAUAAGCUGGGCAAGGGGAAGGCUCCCAACCAUUGCGGCAAUCAUAGGCGAAGCCUCCAUAUGAGUGUUCGUGAAUCGUUGAAAAAGCUGCAAACCGACUGGAUUGACAUCCUGUAUGUCCACUGGUGGGAUCAAACCACAUCGGUUGAAGAGGUCAUGGACAGUCUUCAGAUUCUCGUUGAACAGGGCAAGGUACUCUACCUGGGCAUUUCGGAUACUCCUGCGUGGAUUGUGACGGCCGCAAACUUAUACGCCCGCGCACAUGGGAAGACUCCUUUCAGCAUCUACCAAGGUAGAUGGAAUGUCAUGCUACGCGACUUCGAACGGGAAAUCAUCCCGAUGGCCCGCCAUUUUGGAAUGGCACUUGCCCCGUGGGAUGUCCUGGGUGGGGGGAAAUUCAAAACCAAGGAGGAAAUUGAACAACGCAAGGCCCAAGGGGUGGGCCUCCGAAGCAUCUUGACUCCGGAACAAAGUGAAGGAGAGGCUGCAAUGAGCGUAGCGCUUGAAAAAGUGGCCAAGGAGCAUGGGAUCAAAUCUCUGACCGCAGUUGCCCUGGCAUAUGUCAUGGCGAAAGCGCCAAACGUGUUCCCUCUCGUUGGCGGUCGCAGAGUUGAACAUCUUCAAGACAAUAUCCAGGCUCUCAGUCUAAGGCUGACGGCAUCCCAAAUUGAAUACCUUGAGAGCCAAAACCCUUUCGAUGCUGGGUUCCCAAGCAAUUUCAUCGGCCCGGAUCCCAAGGUGACUGGCAAAGCAUCCUUCCUCUUGGCAGCUAAUGGUGCGUAUUCCUUUGUGCGAGCACCCAGGUCCAUUACGAGUCCAGAAUAG